UUAACUUAAACACUCAUAAGGUAUAUAUAUUUUUUAUCCAUAUAUAUAUAUAUCCAUAGAUAUAGACACAACAGUUUGAUGACGAAGAUAGAUUUGGUUUCUCUUUGAUGCGGACGAAACUGGCAAUGUACGAACCAAUUAAAAACACAGACGAUAGUGUUCAUCAAUGGCGUGAGAAGAAAGACAUUGAGUCCGCUUCCUCUCUCCAGAUAUCUUGUCACCGUCCUUCUCUCCCUCCAGACAAGGAACGAUUAGUUUCUCUCGACGUCUUCCGUGGCCUCACCGUCGCCUUGAUGAUACUUGUGGAUGAUGUUGGAGGGAUAUUCCCAGCUAUUAAUCAUUCACCUUGGGACGGUGUAACGCUUGCUGAUUUCGUCAUGCCUUUUUUCCUUUUCAUUGUUGGUGUCUCUCUUGCCUUUGCUUAUAAGAACUUGUCAUGCACGUAUACUGCAACUAGAAAGGCCUUGCUUCGAUCCUUUAAACUCCUCUUACUUGGUCUUUUUCUCCAAGGAGGAUUCAUUCAUGGCCUCAACAACUUGACUUAUGGAAUAGAUGUAGAGAAAAUUAGACUCAUGGGCAUAUUACAGAGAAUAGCUAUAGCAUAUUUAGUUGCUGCACUCUGCGAGAUUUGGUUUAAAGGAAACCAUAGUGUCACCUCAGAGCUAUCUAUGAUCAAGAGAUACAAAUUUCAGUGGGCGGUAGCAUUUGUUAUUACAACAACAUAUAUGUCCUUGUUAUACGGCUUAUACGUGCCAGACUGGGAAUAUCAGAUUUCAACACAAGACCAAGGAUCAACAACAUCGACAACAUUCUUGGUGAAAUGUGAGGUAAGAGGAAACACUGGACCAGGCUGUAACGCGGUUGGAAUGCUUGACCGAAUGUUACUAGGGAUACAUCAUCUAUACAAGAAACCUGUAUAUGCUCGGACCAAGCAAUGCAGUAUAUAUUCACCACGCAGUGGGCCAUUACCUCCAGAUGCUCCUUCUUGGUGUCAAGCGCCUUUUGAUCCCGAAGGUCUUCUCAGUACGUUGAUGGCCACAGUUACAUGCCUAGUGGGUUUGCAUUACGGCCAUAUUAUCGUCCACUUCAAGGACCACAAAAAGCGUCUGAACCAGUGGAUUUUAUGUUCUUUUUGUCUUCUGAUGUUAGGCCUCGGACUUGACCUUUUUGGAAUGCAUCUAAACAAACCUCUAUACACAUUAAGUUACGUGUGUGUCACGGCAGGAGCUUCUGGAUUUCUGUUCUCCGCUAUAUACCUAAUGGUUGAUGUUUAUGGAUACAAACGAGCAAGUCUUGUGUUACAGUGGAUGGGAAUACACGCCUUAUCGAUCUACAUUCUCAUUGCCUGCAAUCUUGUCUUUCUAAUCAUUCAUGGGUUCUACUGGAAGAAACCCAUUAACAAUCUCCUUCAUUUAACUGGAAUUGGAAAGUGAAGAAGAGAAGGGAGGUGAAACCAUUACCCUUCAUCAACCACAAACUUAAUGUUUCUGUCAGAAAGAAACUAUAGUCAUUAGCCAUCUUCAUCUUCUCAUUCCACUGUCCUCCCACAUUCAUUCAUUCACCUGUAGAAUCCAAUCCAUUCUAGUUUUGUAAAGCGUUCACCAUGUCUUUUCACAUUUUUCGGCCUUUAUCUUUAAUUAUAGUCUUGUCAACCACAUUGUUUCUAUUAGAACACGAUGAAUUCUUGUUAAA